AUGGACUUUACAAACGGUACCACUACGAACGGCGUCAACGGCGUCAACGGACACGAUGAUGCCUCCCAGCAACCCCUCAACAUCACAAUCUGCGGAGCAGGCAUCGGUGGUUUGAGUGCAGCAAUCUUCCUUCGACAACAAGGCCACACAGUAACUUUACUCGAAGCCUCGCGCUUCGCCAACGAACUGGGUGCCGCUGUGCAUCUUGCUCCCAACGCUAAUGGCCUUCUACGCCGCAUGGGCCUGACUCCCGAGGCACAAGGCGCGGUUAGUUGCAAGCAGAUGACGCAGAUGCUUCCCAACGGCCGGGAACUCUUCAGUAUAGAUCUGACACAAAGCGCGGGACGGUGGCAGCACCCCUGGCAACUCGCCCACCGCGUGAGUCUGCACAGCGAACUGAAGCGACUCGCUACAUGCGAAGAAGGAAAAGGCAAACCAGCCGUACUCAAGCUCCGCUCCAAAGUCGUCGAUGUAGACCCCAAAGAAGGCACUGUUGUACUGGAGAGCGGAGAAACAAUCCGAAGCGACAUCAUCGUCGGCGCAGAUGGCGUCCAUUCCAAAACCCGCCUACGCAUUCCAGGCGCAGAAAACAUCAAGGUCUUCGGUAGUGGCAAGAGCGCAUUCCGCUUCCUCAUUUCCCGCCAAAAAGCGUUCGACGACCCUGAGACACGCAAGUUUGCAGAAAAAGAAGGCCAUCUAAUCAUGAUCUUUGCGCGUGAUAGGAGAGUAGUCGUGUACCCAACGUCUGACAAUACGCUCUUGAAUUUCGUGUGCAUCCACCCUACGUCUGAGAGCCAGAUUAAUGCGCAAGAGCCCGGAAGCAGUGAUUGGCAGAAUAAGGGAAACCUGGACAAGAUGCUGGAGGUGUACAAGGAGUUUGAGCCUGCGGUGCUCAAGCUGCUGAGCAUGGCGGAUGAAGAGACAUUGAAAGUGUGGGAGUUGCUGGAUAUGGAGCAGUUGCCUAGUUGGACAGAGGGAAAGUUGGUCUUGAUAGGUGAUGCUGCUCAUCCUUUUACGCCGCACCAAGGUCAAGGCGCAGGCCAAGCCAUCGAAGAUGCCGCCUCCCUCGCCGUCAUGCUUCCCCUCGGCGUCCCCCGCUCCUCCAUCCCCUCCCGCUUCAAACUCUACGAGCGCUGCCGCUACGAUCGCGCUAGCACAAUUCAAGAAUACUCACGUGUCGCUGGUAAAGACCUGGGUACCGGCCCCCCGCUCGACACCAGUAAAUUCACAAACUACAAUUUCGGCCACGACGAAUGGCACUAUUCCAGCCAGGCGCUGCGGAAAUGGGAGUGGGAGAACAAUAAGAGUUUGCUGUGGAGAAUGCCGACGGCGUUUGGACCUAUGCCGGGUCCCCGUCAGGACUUUUAUGGCAGGCAAAGGGAUGGAAGUGGUGCGACCUUUUCGACGGCGAGUGUCAAGGUGAGGACGAGUAGGACGGUGUUGGAGAAUUUGCUGCCGCCGAGUGGCAAGUUUAAGUUUGCUAGUGCGGAUACGGCAGCGUUUGCUACGUUUGCUGUCACGCAGCUGGGUAAUCUGGAGUGGUUGGGCGGAAGAGGAUACAGUCAUUUUGGCCUGUAUGUGCAUGGCAUCGAGUAUACGAAGGAGGAUGGGGAUACAGUCGUGGGGACGUAUUUGCCUGUACUGUUUGAGAACCUUGCGGAUCCAAUUUUGAGUGGGAGAGAGGAACUUGGGUUUCCCAAGGUAUUUGCUGAUCUGGCGGUGAGUAAGACUGACGACAAGUGCGAGUUGGAGGCGAGUUGGAUGUCGUCCAAAUUCUGCUCCAUGAAGCUCUCAGGGUUGCAACAACCAGCUGGUACUGCAAACGGCGAGGCUCCGGCUGUCCAGCCAGCACCUCCUAGAGACGAUGGUCUGCUGUUCCACAAGUACAUACCCGCUACUGCGAGUGCGGGCAGCAAGCAGCGUGGACAGGCGGAUGUCGAGUACACUGCGUUCCUACCUGGCGAUGAAGACAGCAAGGUGGUGGAGAGGAAGGUUGAGCAGACGCUUACUGCCUCGACAGCCGAGAUUGCGUUUGACGCACUUGACUGGAAGGCACUACCCACACUACACCACAUUGUCGAGAGGUUACAGGAGAUACCCGUGUACGGGGUUGUUGAGGCAAAGAUUGUGCAAGGAACUGGGGUAAGCGACGUCAGGUCAGCCCAGAAGCUUGCAUAG